AUGGCUGACACAAAAACUUCAAACUGUGAUGAACAUUUCAGUGUGGAGAAACUAAAGGAGUGGCCAGAGCCAGAGUCUGUUUCUUUAAUGGAGGUAUUAGCUAGAGAAGACAUCGACGAAGCUGUGCACGCGAUAUUAUUUAGAGAAAACUAUGUUGUGAAGAGAUUGGAUACAUAUUUACAGCAUCUGGCUGUUUUUAAGGAAAGAAGAAAGGAGAUGUUACAUAAGAAAUGGGUUGAAAAUGUGGCACAGCCUCUUCAGCAGAAAAUUAUAGAUAAAGUCAUUUCAUCUAAAAAACCUGGAAAAAACCAAGUGAAAUAUGAACACUGCUUAAAGCACACAAAUAAACUGACCAAAGUGUCUCCAUUGUGUGAAUGUCUGUUUCAAAAACAGCAAAAGCUUGGAGAAGAAAAAGGACCCAGUUACCAACAUGGCAGAGGAAAACAGCAUGGCACACGAAAGGAAGCCAAAGAAACUGAGAAGGGUCUCCCCUUCACCAGGUCACCCCCGUUCCCACUCAGGCCCCAUUGCACUGGUCCCAGAGAGAGGCAGAGAGCCUCUGUGCGGUUCAUGCAGAGUAAGCCCAGUGGCAGGAACAGGUACAGGGGAGCCAGUUCUGAAAAGCUUGUCUGUACGUUAAAGUCCCAUCUGCCUAAGGAGGAGAAGACUGUCAAUCCAAGCCAGCUUUUUUUUGAAAAGCAGUUCCGAGCCUCAAGGCUCAGCAAGGAUAUCAAAGAGGCUGAAAAGAAGGGUCUGGCUUUAGGGACUCGACCACAGAGACCAUGCUCCUGGGCAGCAGCAGAUAGCACGCAGAGGCCAUCAUUUGUGGGAAGAAGAGUGAUGACAGCUGAGAUCCUGGGGAAGCAUCUGGCCUCCCUGCAGCAGGCAGCUAUGUCAGGCCUCCAGUGGUCACAGAACUUUGCCCCUUCACCUCUUACAUGCAGCUGCAAAUACUGACGGUGUAGCUUUUCUCUAGGUAGGAA